GAAACGUCAGAUUUUAUAGUGCAAAAAUUCCGUGAAAGAUGGCUGCUGAAGGAAGUGCUGAGAAAAAUACCGUGAAUAUCCUGGCUGAGACAGGAGAGAGGAUUGAUUUCCAGCUAGAUGACUCGGACUUGCAGGACUGCAUUGAUAAUCCUUUAGAUAUUGCUGAUCUGCAGCGAGUGAUUGAGCAGGGGACGUCGUUUAGUGACAAGGCCUUUCCGGACGAUGUUACGUCCUCUGAAAAGGUCUUCCCGGACACCAAGGCGGAGCAGCUGAAUGGUUACAUGGAGCAUACAAUCCUUCCUGAUGAAAUAUCCCUCUGUAUACGACCCGGAGCUAAACACAAACUCAGCGGAGAGCCCUCGCAUGCGACGAUUACAAUCGAGGGCUCCGAACCGCACAUCUUGGCGCGAUAUCGUUGCAACUACGACAGUUGCUCGAGAAGCUACAGCACUGUGGGCAACUUGAGGACACACCUAAAGACGCACAGAGGGGAAUAUCGGUUUAAGUGUACACAGGAAGGAUGUGGUAAGGCUUUUCUCACUUCCUACAGCCUUAAGAUUCACAUUCGUGUGCACACGAAGGUGAAACCGUAUGAAUGUCCUGAGGGGGGAUGUGAGAAGUCAUUCAAUACGCGAUACCGCCUCAGGGCGCAUCUUCGGCUGCACAAUGGGGAAACGGUCAAUUGUACAAUGUGCCAUAAGUUUUUUACGACUCUCAGUGAUCUUAAGAAGCACAUGAGGACCCAUACGCAAGAGAGACCGUACAAAUGUGCUGAGAAUGGAUGUGGGAAGGCUUUUAUUGCUUCCCAUCAUCUCAAAACACAUAUCCGGAUCCAUACAGGAGAGCGUCCGUAUUCAUGUCGCGAAGAUAAUUGCACAAAGGCAUUCAGUACGGCUCAUAGCUUAAAGUCUCACGUGAAGACGCAUAAAAAGUACAAUCAGGUGAAGAAGGAAGUUGCACCAGGUGAGGAAAUAGUCAAGGGGAGAAGCUGUGAAAAAUCUCCGGAGAAAUCCGACCCAAAAAGUGAGGUUAAAUCCACGGAGAAGAAUGCAGAAUCCUCUGAACAAUUCAAUUUGGAGACAUCAAAAGCAAUUGAAAUGGCCAUAGCUAAUGAAAUUGAGAUCCCAUCCCCAUGGAUAGAUGUCUCAGAGCUAGCUUCGAAGCCCAUUAUGCCAGCUGUUCCGGUCACUCCAGCCUGCAUGGCCCUGCCGACUGGAGUAACUUCCUACGUUGAUCUUCCCUUCAAUAUCGCCUCAGCGGACACGGAUUUCAUCGAUUCUUCCUUUGAGAGUGAACAAAUGUCCUUUGAGCAACUCUUUGGGUCUCCAGGCAAGGACAAGGGGACUCGGGAGGGUGUCGAUACGGAUACCGGAACUAUGGAUAUUGGUACAAAUUUCUCUCCUUUACCCACGGAUUUGGGCAAUAAGCAGCAAAUUGAGGCUGAAGCUCUGCUCAAUGAGAUCUUCUUUGAGACACUAAAUACACCAACAUCAAAUCUGCCCAGCCAGGGAAAGAUUAUGAUGUCUGAACAAUUUGAAAAUAUGCAGAAUAAUGUGGAGUUUCCGGAAACUGUCACGGGGACCAGUGCUGAAAUGUUAAUGGUCAGGACGGCUUCGGUUCUUGGAAAUGGGAACAAUACCAGGGCUCUUCAGGACAUUACGGCUGAUGCUGAUAUCUGUCGAUGCACCAAUUGUACUUGUGACCAUCAAUCUGGUGGUUGUCAGGGUGGAUGUGGUCCCAAUAAUCCCUGUAGAUCCCCUGAAAAUCCCCAAAUCAUCACAGAUACAAAUAAUAAUGCCCCAGAAGUGGAUAAAGGUGUCCCUCAGAGUGUCUCUGUGGACGCAAAUCCGGGCAAUUCGUCAUCCUGCAAAUGCUCGUCGCCAAAUGAAGGAUUGGCCAAUGGUUGCUGUGUAGUCAUUUGCCUGAAGACACUCGAGUCACUGAGAAAUAUGAUCUUUCAGAAGAAUAGCCUGAUAACUUGUGGUGGAUCAUCCAUGUUCACGAGUUAAAGGGGGAAGCAUAAGUAGCAGAUGCAUAUGCCGCCGCUUGAACUGUUUUUGCAUCGCAUAUUUUUGAUGAAAAAAAAAAUAUGGCCAAGAAAUGAAGCUUUUAAUGAGUGAGUAAAUUUUGCUUUAAUUUAUUUUAAUGCACCAAUUUCUCUUUCAAGUAAAAAUGAAAAGUAUAUUACACCAGUUUCUGCCAAAGACUAAAACACGUAACUCAAAGAAACUCAAUCCAAAUUUACAUUUUACCCGGAAAUGGCAAUGAUUAUUAUAUUUUUUAAAAUUGAAAAAUUUUCAAUGAAGUAUUUUGAUGAUUUUUGCAAUUUAUUUUUUUUUUUUAGAAAAUUUUGUACAAAAAAUGACUAAAACAUCAGCUUUGUGCUUUAUUCACGUUUAAAAAAAUAUUUAGAGAGAACUUUGAAAGUUUCCAAAGCUUUCAAAGCUUUAGCCAAUUAGCGAACGGAACAAGGCUAAAAUAUUUGGCGAGAUCAAAUAUUUAGUUAGAUGUGAAUAAUGCAUGAAGAUUAAUCAAAUAAGUUUUCUUUGCAUUAACUACAAAAUCAACUCACAGUUUUGUGUCAACCUGUGUCUUCUCUUAUUCGUGAAUUGUGCAUAUUUUAAUUAAAAUGCAAUUAGAUAUGGAGAGAGUGCCAUAAAUUGAAAAAGCAGGCUUUAGGUGGUUGAACUAGUCAAAAGAAAUAUGUCAAUAAAAAAAGAAAAAACAAAGCAAAAAAAAUAGAGCAAAGAUUUGUUUUUGAGCAAUUGUUAAUUACCUCAAAAUGCAAGAUUUAUAGUAUCAUGGUUUAUUAAGCAAUAAGAUUGAAAUAAAGCAUUUCGCACAAUUUA